AUGAUCCGAUCCCUCCUCAGUCGUAUCAUGAGUUCCUCAACAACUGCCGCAAGCCUUCUGGCACCCGUCGCUCGCGCUGUACACUACCUCGCUGCGCGCGAUGAUUGCGCGGAUGGAGACAACAGCUCCCGCUGCGAAAAGCCCUUUCAGUCCUCCAAGAUUAUCGGCAUCACUAUCGGCAUUACUGCUGCUGUGCUCAUCUGCGGUACCCUUGGCGUCUUGACUGUGUUGCACAUGAGAAGACAAAAGCAGGAGCGCAAGGAGGACGAGAUUGACCUCGAGAUCGACGGCGACGUCUACGACCAUCCAACCAUGGGCAAGCCCCCGCGCGCCUGGCAGCCGCAUGGCCAAAAUAACCAACCUGGUAACGAAAACCCCUUCGAAGCCGAGCGCCAGCCUCACCAGCGAGCCGAGAACCCUUUCGAGCCGGAGCGCCGGUAG